AUGUCCAGCCAACAAUGCAACGGCACCGCUAAGCUGGGCCCACGAUGCAAGAUUAUGGUGAAGGACGGUGCUUACUGCCACUACCAUAUAGGUCAAUCAGGCUCCAAUGGAACCUAUACGCCGAAAGGUUCCCCACAAAAGCUGAGGGCAUCGACGCCAAAUAGAAUCGUGGUUACACUGGCAAAAGCAACGCCAUAUGGAGGACUGCCUGUGAAGUCAAGGUCUCCUCAGAAAAGAGGGCCCGGGAAAGAUGUGAUCCACAAGCCUGGCUUCAUCUACAUCUUCACACUUGCAUCGCUCAUGACCAGAGACGGUGGGGACUUUUUCAAAACGAGAAACCUCGAGCUGGAGAAGAAAGGACAAUGGGUGAAUUUUUCUCCAAAGCGCCUGGAAUACAUGUUUGUCAAAGUCGGCAUGACCACGAAAACGGUCGACUUGAGACUUCUGCAAUGGGAGAAACAGUGCAACCAUAAGCUAGUGUGUCUACACCCAGGUAGCGAAGGAAAGGAUCUCACUUUGGUGGAGAAGCUCAAGAGGCUCAGUAUCAGAAAGGACAAAUAUCCGUAUCACACCUUCCAGCCGUCCGACAAAGGCUUUUACGCUGGUAGAAGCGUUUGGCAAGCUGAACAGGAAAUUCAUGGCUUUCUUAAACAACGAUACGGCGGAGGCACGGUUUACUGCCAGGGAUGCAUUGACAAAGCAAAAGAGGAGGAAAAGGGAAGUCGUCUUCUGAAGUUCUUCAAACGCAAGGAAGAGACCCUGAGCGAAUAUAAGGUGCAUGUCGAGUGGUUUCCAAUACCCAAAUCAGAGCUACGAGAGGUGUUUCGAAUCGUCGACACCGUGUGCAUGCGCUACAAAGCGUGA